AUGAUGAACAUUUCAAAAUUUGAAAAUUUACCUAAUGAAUUAAUAAUUGAAUGUUUGGAAUAUUUAUAUAUAUUUGAUACUUUUCAUUCAUUCAAUGGAUUAAAUGAUCGUUUGGACAAACUUAUUCGAACUGUACCAUUACAUCUUAAUUUUAUUCUUGUUAAUAAAAAAAGAUUAGAACAUUUUUGUCAACAUACAUUAUUAUAUCCAGAAAUAAGGGAACAAAUUUAUUCACUACGUUUAUCGAAUGAAAAUCGAUGUGAUCAAAUCGAAACAUUUUUAGCUCAUAUAUCACUCAAUACAUUAAACAAUUUACAUACAUUAAUUUUAACUCAUAUUGAAAAAGAAAAUCUUAUUCAAUUAAAAUCAAUGUUAUCAUUAUCAAUAAAUUUAUUUUCUUUUAAAUUGAUCUCAUCUCAAAUUGAUGAAGAUGAAUUAAUAGCUGUUCUACCAUUAUCAAAAUUAGAAAAAUUAUCAAUUCUAUCAUUAAGAUCAUUUUUAUUAUAUAUUCAACAACCAACUAAAAUUAAAUAUUUAACAUUAUUUAAUUGUUCUUUAGAACAAAUAAUAUGUAAAUUAUUUCCGUAUGUUCCUUUUUUAAAAUAUCUGAAUAUUAGUUAUGUAUCUAAAUAUAACCGAUCAAUAAAAGAUAUUGAUAUUAUUAAUAAAUAUAAAUGUAUUAAUUUACAAACAUUAAUUAUAGGAGAAUUUAUAUAUAACUUUGAAGAUUUUGUUAUCUUAGUUCAACAAAUACCAAAUUUAAAAAGUUUAACAAUAUCAAUAAAUUAUAACAAAACAAUGAUUAAUGCGUUAAAUUGGGAACAUUUAAUUGAAUCUUCAUUACCAUAUUUAAAUAUUUUUAAAUUUAAAUUUUCCUUUAAAAAAAUAUAUAAUAAUGAAACAUAUUUCGAACAAAUGAUGUUUUUUCAACGUAAAUUUUGGAUUGAACAACAUCAUUGGCAUACACAAUUAAUAUCAAAUCAAUAUUCAGUAUGUAUAUAUACAAUACCGUAUUUAUCAAAUACAUUUAAAUUAGAAUCGGAUACUAUUUUACAUUAUAAUACAA